AUGCCGCCUCCAGGGUACAUCGACGAACGCGCCGACAACGAUGGCAACGUGGUUGUGAUACCAUCUGUACAAUGGAAUAUUAAUGACCAUCAGAUGCAAAGAUUGAGUGCAUCCGGACAGGCAAGAAGUGAACCCAAGAUUGAUUCUGAUUUAUGGGGUCAUCCUUCUGUAGCUGUGGCGCUUCUCGACAGUCAAAUCACAGCUAAUGGCGGUCGACUAUUCACCAAGAAAACUGCCAAUGGAGUUAUCAACAGGGUUCAUUCAAUGCCCGCUCACUACCACGUCGUCAACGGAUACCACAGAACGACCACUACCGACGACGGACCAAGCGGCUCCUUGUUAUCAGGCUUUCCACCACCUCGAGGAAAAACCAGGGAUCCGCCACCUUACGAGAGAGCUCUCGAUAUUCAGAGAACUACUACCACCCAAUUGAAUCCACAUCUUCACCUUCAACCCAGCGUUGUUCAGUCAAUUGCGGUUGGGCCAAUGGCUGCCGAAGCUGCUGGAGGGCAACCGGCUUUCCCUCCAGCGUCAGCCACCCAAUUCGCCACUCAUGACUAUUUUAUUGAUGAGGAAGGGUUGAGCACGGAACGCCUGCGCGACUUCCCUAUGAUGCAUCGAUUGCUUACUCACCAACGAAGACCGUCGUCAUGCAUCGACCUCACAUCCGAAUACGUCACACACUUGCCACUGCCAGUCUUGACAGGUACUGCUCUUGCAGAUUUCUCGGUCUUAGUCAGAAUACAUCUUCGACAUGGAGGUUUAUGGUAG